CCUCCUCCUCCAGCCCCCCGAGUGCGGCCCACCCUCGCCAGCACCACCACCACCACCACCAGCUGCUCUCCUCCUUCUCCACAUCCUCAUCCUCUGCCCUCUUCCGCCCUUCCCCCGCUCUCCCUCUCCCUGCCCCUGCCCCCUCUGAGCGUCAAGAAGGAGGCUCUCGGCGUUGUCGUCGGGCCGCCGCGCAUCCCCACGCCGCCGCUACUCAGGAACCAGAACCACCACCCCUCCUCUCACGCACACGCCCAUCCCCACGCCCACGCCCACCCCCACGGGCUGCCCCAGGCGGUGCCCGCACCUCCGCCGACUGCGCAGGAGCUCCGCGUGCCCCCCACCGCCGCUGCUGCCCAGCCGCACCAUCUACGCCCGGGGGCGCUCAGCAGCCACCCCCUCCACCACCCGCUGCAGUACAGCAGCCUCCACGACAUCAGCAGCAGUCACACCGGAGGCGUCAACAGCAGUGGCAGCAGCCUCCCGCUCCCCAAGCACCACCCCCACCACCACCACCCUCACCUGCCCCCCUCCCCCCACCACCACCACCAUCUCAGCAGCCUGCCGACCUCCAACCCCAACCUGCACCUGUCGGUGGCCAACCACCUCUCGUCCCCCUCGCCCUUCUCCCUGCGUUCCCAGGCCCACCGCCAUCCGGCCAUGUUCGCAACCCCCGCCACACUGCCACCGCCUCCCACCUUACCGACCAACAGCCUGGUGGUGCCGGGUCACCCCGCCGGCACCCCCUACCCAGAGCAUGAUCUACUGCGGCAGGAGCUGAACAAUCGCUUCCUGGUUCAAAGUUCGGAGCGGAACAGGGGUCCCUCCUCGGCGUCCCCCCUGGCCCCUGUUUCCCUUCUGCGCGCCGAGUUUCACCAACACCAGCACAUGCACCAGCACCAACACACGCACCAGCACACCUUCACGCCCUUCCCCGGUGGCCUGCCACCGGCGGCCAUCAUUGCUCCUCCGCCCAAUGCACCUCCCAUGGUGCGUACCCCAGCCAGAAAUUUCGACAAAUACCCUCCAAAGCUGGACAAUCCUUUCUUGAGACACUCAAGCUUCUUCCCCUCCUACCCUCCCACGAUGCCUGGUAUGCCACCUCUGCUGCCUCAUUCAGGACCCUUCAGUUCACUGCAAGGAGCCUUCCAGCCCAAGGCCUCUAAUCCUCUAGACGUAGCCGCGCGGCCGGGAGCUAUACCUCACACUCUCCUGCAGAAAGAUCCUCGGGUACCAGAUCCCUUCAGGACAUCUGUUAGAAAGCCUGGCAAAUGGUGUGCGGUUCAUGUACAAAUCGCUUGGCAAAUCUACCACCAUCAGCAGAAGAUGAAGCAGAUGCAGCUGGACCCCCACAAACUGGACAUGAAUGGGAAGCUGGACCUGUUCAGCCGGCCUCCCGGCCCUGGAGUCUUCCCAGGGUUCCCCUACCCCCACGACCUGGCAAGACCUCUCUUCUCCUCCACAGGCUCCGGCCAUCCGGCUGCCUCCCCCUAUGGCCCCUCCCCCCACCACAGCGGAUUCCUGCCCACUGCCCACCUGGCAGGUAAGCAUCCUUUUAGUCGCUCCAGUACCUUUGGCGGCCUCGGCAACCUUUCAAGCGGUGCCUUCGGUGGAUUAGGCAACCCCUCGCUCGGAGGCAACAGCGUGUUUGGUCCAAAGGAAGGGCCAGGAGGACUGCCGGGCUUUGGCAGCCCCCACCACGACACCUGGAACCGGCUCCACCGCACGCCGCCCUCCUUCCCCACCCCGCCACAGUGGCCCAAGGCGGCCGACGUGGAGCGCAGCGGCUCGGCCAACAGCCACGAGCGGGAGAGGGAACGGGAGCGCGAGCGGGAGAGAGAGAGGGAGAAGGAGCGCGAGAGAGAGAAGAGGGACUCGUCCAUUGGCAAAGAGGAGAAAGAUAAAGACAGGGAUUCCGUGGACCGGAACCGCCACUCCAACCGCUCGUCCCCGGCCUCCGCCCCGGUCAGCUACCAGAUCAGCAACCUCAUCCGCUCCAACUCGGGGGGCGGUGGCGACUCGGGCGGUGGUGGUGGGCGGCAGCACCACGGCAACUCGGCGGCGGAGCAGCGGGCGCGCGAGGCCGAGAAGGAGCUGCUGGAGCGCCACCACCGCGAGGCGGCCAUGUUGGUGGGUGACGUCAAGGUGAAGGAGAGCCGCUCCCCCAGCAAGGAGAUCCAGGAGCGGGAGCGGCGCUCGGUGGAGGACCCCUGCAAGCCCAUCCACCGCUCCCCGUCGCCCUACUCCAAGGCCGUCCUCAACCCGGACGCGGGGCUCAAGAUGGCCGGCGGCGUCCCCCCGCCGCCCAUCAUCAAGGACGGCGGCGACCGCAAAGAGCCGCCCUCGGAGAUGCUCCACAAGGUGAAGAACGACAUGAAGAUCAAGGAGGAGCGCAAGGAGGAGCAGGAGGUGAUGGUGGUCAGCUCGGAGCCCUCCCCGGUGCCCCCACCUCCUCCGCCCGCGCACCAGGCCCCCUCCGGCCCGCACCCGGCGCUCCACCCGGCGCUGUCCCAGCAGCACCCGCCCCCCUCGCCCCGCUGCAGCGACCUGCCCACCUCCGCCGCCCUGCACCACGGCGUGCCCAUGCCCCACUCGCUGCCCCUCUCCAUGUCGGCCAUGCACCAGAUGGGCAGCCUGAACGUGCUGGACCGCGCCCGCAUGGCGCCCUUCAUGGGCGUGAGCCCGCUGGCGGCGGCCGCGGCGGCGGGUAGGGAGCGCCUGCAACACCCGGCGUUCGCCUGGGACCCGCUGCGCGAGGCCUACCGCAACCUGGAUCUGCAGCGGCGCAUGGACUUCCAGAUGCGGGCCGAGCAAGCUCAGCGUUUCCAGCCCGGCGGGCCCUACGACCCGGCGGCGGCAGCGGUGGCGGCGGCGGCGGCAGCCGAGCGCAGCUACCGGGAGCGGGAGCCGCACGACUACGUGCACCACGAGCACCUGCUGGAGGUGCGGCGCGAGCAGGAGCGCAUGCGGCAGCAGGCCGAGGAGCGGGAGAGGAUGCACCUGCGGGAGGAGCUGGACCGGGCGCGCCUCCACCAGCUGCACCAGUCGCCCAUGGAGGGCCACCUGCCCCACAUGCCCCCCUUCAUGUCCCACCUCGGCGGGAUGCCUUACCCCAGACUCAGCCCCUCCACAGGGCACAACGGCCUUCUCAACCGCACCCCUCCCACCGCAGCGCUAAGUGCCCCUCCGCCACUCGUGCCCUCCUCGGGGAGCACCAGGCCGUCCUCGCCCCGACGGACUACCCCACUGACCACCCAGGACCCCCGCGACUACUCGCCCUCACGGAACCCCAAAGAGGUGGAGGCGCGAUAGCCUACCUGUAGGUUUAGCCCCUCCCUCCCUCCCUCCCUCACUCGGACUGACUGACUGACUGAUUAUUUUUCGAGCGGAGCGCUUCGCUCUCACAUUCUGAAGACAGAAUGCACUUAUUUUCCUGAGUGAAAAUGUUGAAAAAGUCAAAAAAUUGAAAGAGACGUGUAUAAAUUGUACAAAAGAUUUGUACAGCGGAAGAAGCACACGCCAUUAUUUUCUAUGGACAUGGGGAAAGGAGAAAGAAGUUGGUUUGGAAAAGAAAAAAAGUUGAAACUGAAAGCAUAUGUUCAUCACCAAUUUAAAUUUGAUAUUAAUAUAUUAAUCCAAUUCUUCUAUCAUUUUUCGUGUGAAAAGUGAAAAAUUAUGAGAUGAGUUUGUACAUUUCUUAUUAUCUUUCCAUGUAUAGACAUUAUUUUUAUGAAUUUCCAUAUUCUUGCAUCACAGAAUGUCAUAUCCCCCCCUACCUGGUAUGUAUUUCCUGUUCACUGUAUGACUCAAAUCUCAUCCACAGUGAAGGCUGGAUAUGUUUUUGGAAAGAAUUGUUUGGACUGUUCAUUUUUGCUUAUGGUACCUGAACGUUCUCAGUGCUGACAAUGUAAAAGUAAUUACAUUUUAAGGUGGUUUUCUUUGCUUGGUUUGCCUUUGAGAUAUGCAGACAGAAGUGUAUUAUCCCUGUUUGGUUAUUGUAAAGAAAGAAAAAAAACGACAAAUUUGUAAAUAUCUUGUUGAUAUUCCUUGAGAUGACAAAACUACAAUGUAAAUUUACUAGGCUUUUUAAAUGUUUCUAGAAAAACAAAAUUAAAUAAAAUUGAAACCACUUCCGAGAUACGAGGAUGGGAAAUCAUGUUAACAAACAAACCAGCCAGCGCAAUCAAAAACACAUGCGGCAAGCAUCGAAUCGGGAGUCAUAGAAUGAUGACUUGCAAUCUAUGCAACAACGCAUUGGAAGACCAGGAUGGAGUACAACCUACAAACGAUAUUGGGAAUAUUUAACGAGGGAGAUUUGGAUUUAUCGACAUCCAUCUGUUUUUUUUUCUUUUUUCAAACAAAGGAUUCUAAAGCAGAACUUUGCCAGAGCCUGCCAGAUCCGAGACAAAACUUUUUCAUAGAAACAAAAACCAAGUCUUGCAGCCCCUGAGAACUUUUGCAAGAGGAUUUGAUUGAUUUGGGCGGCAAUAGACUUUCUCUGUCGACCUUGUGGUGUUGUGCAGUUUCUUCUUUUCUUAGGCUCUUGUAUACAAAAAAAACAAGUAGAGUUUUAGGCGUGCAAAAAAAUGAAGUUGAACAUUCAUGGUUUUAAAAAAUGUACGGAAUAAAGGUUGGACCUUAUAUCUGAA